CAGAACCCAGAUGAUUCCUGAGGGAAUUUGCCACUCAAACAUACAGGCAUGCUUCCUCAGCUACAGAGGAGCCAGUGUAAAGGGGAGACUGUGAGUGGAAUGAAGGAAAAGAGGAGGAGAUAAAGGAGCAGAGACUGGCUGGGGGUGAAAAAACAACAGGAAACUGACCGGUUCUAAUGCUGUUUCUGCAAAUCCUUCACAGAUAAAGCAGCACUCUGCCACGUCCAAGCAAAACAGCACUGUAUGUUCUCCUCAAAAUGUUGUCUUGAACUCAUGACACCCUAAAGGACUUAAAGCUGAAAAUGUGACGUCACUUCUGCUCUCAGCCUCCGACCGUGCUGCGGUUACUCAGAAUGUGAGCGGAUGCAGACAUUUGGGAGCUGAUUGCUGGGAUUUUCUAUGCGGCUGCUUUUUUGACCCACAAACUCAACCUUUCUCAGGGUCAUAUGGAUCGAUCGGCGAGCUUCCAGGGAUCUGUUUGUUUUAAUCGUCUGGACCACUAACUGGAGCCACAUGAAGAAUAAAGGGAAUAAGCUCAAGUCCAAAAAGAAAGGGAGUGAAAAUGCGUUCGGCUGUGACCUGACAGAACAUCUCCAGAACUCCGGACAAGAUGUUCCUCAGGUUCUGAUUAAAUGUGCAGAGUUCAUCGAGGAGCAUGGGAUUGUGGACGGGAUCUACAGACUGUCGGGGGUCACCUCAAAUAUCCAGCGCCUCAGGCAGGAAUUCAGCUCCGGCUCCGAGGCGUGCCCUGACCUUACAAAGGAAGUGUACCUCCAGGACAUCCACUGUGUGGGUUCCUUAUGUAAGCUGUACUUCAGGGAGCUUCCCAAUCCUCUGCUCACAUACGAGCUUUACAGCAAGUUCACUGACGCGGCCUCGGUCAAGGGGGAUCAUGAGAGGCUAUUACACAUUCAGAGGGUCAUCAAAGAACUGCCCACUCCUCAUUUCAGGACUCUGGAGUACCUCACUAAGCACUUGACCCACCUCGCCACCUUAAGCACCCAGACUAACAUGCAUACACGUAACCUGGCUCUGGUUUGGGCUCCAAAUCUGUUAAGAUCUAAAGACAUAGAGACGUCAUCAGCGAAUGGCGACAUGGCUUUCCAGGAGGUGCGAAUCCAACAGUCGGUGGUUGAGUUUAUUCUGAAUCACACAGAGCUGAUCUUCAGCAGCAAUUCUGUGCAAAUCAAACCCAAAGAAGGUCUGAUGUGUGGGGAGAAGUAUGCCACGCUCCCGAUCAGUACUCAGGGUGGGCCGAUGAAACUGAUGAGCCUGGAGGAAGCUCAGGCCCGUUCUUUAAGUCCCAACCAUCCUGUACAUAGAGAACGCCAGCGGGAGAACAGCCUGCCUGAUACCAGCACCGCCAUGCUCUACCACACCGUCAUCGACAUGUCUGACAGCAAGAGAAAGUUUUCUGGGAAAUCAAAGAAGUGGAAGUCCAUUUUCAACCUGGGACGCUCUGUGGACACCAAGGGGAAACUGAGCCGGAAUGGCAGUGUGUUCAUAAGAGGCCAGGGCAUGAAAGAAAAGGCAGCUCUUCGUCCAUCCAGAAGCAUGGAGUCCUUGUGCUCCUUACCAACAGAUGAUGACAGAGCAGGAGGCAACAGUCCAGCUGGUGGAGCUGGCAGCAAUUUUGUUCCAGAUGUUAAAUCCAGAACUCUGGGUUCUGACUCGCUCUAUGACCUCAGUGAACACGACCAAACCUGGGAGUUUAAAGGGAACAAAGCGGGCGGGGCCACAGGGGGGUGGACCUCUUCCAUGAAUGACAAGGGGUCACAGGGUGCCUCCGCGGCCCCUCAGAAAACACUACCGGAGCAACUGAAGGUGUUCAAAGGUGACGACCUCAGCGGCUACCGGCCCACCUCUCCUAAAAAUAGAAGGAUGUUGUACUCGGGCUCCUCUCACAACAGCUCCUCUAGACCCUCCUUUCCGGGUAGUUUCUUUCCACUUGAGUCCUCUCCCAGGCAUCAGCGUCGAGCCAUCAACAUAUCUGAGCCCUUCGCGGUGUCCGUACCGCUGCGAGUGUCAGCCGUCAUCAGCUCCAACAGCACGCCAUGCAGGGGGCCCGCCAAGGACAAAGCGGCCACUCUGAAACCCAAAGAGAGCGCCGAGCAGAGCGGCAGCAGUGGAAAGAGCAACACUUUCCCCCAACUGGAAGCAAAGAAGCAGGAAGGAACAGAGAAGAAAAACACAGAGGAGGAGACCUCUGGAGUCACGCCACAGGAUAAAAGCAAAGAAGUGGUGCAACAAGGCCAAGAAGGGAUGAACAUUUCUGAACUGGAACCACACUCCCUUGAAAUUGCAUCACGAAGAAGAGAAGCAGCGCCAUCUCCUGGUGCAGAACCGCAAAUCCAGCCUGUAUCUGGGAAACUGGACAAAAGAUAUUCUUCUGGGACAGAGCCUUGGCCUGACCUCAAAAAGGAGCUGAAAAUAACUGAACCUGAGAUUGACCUGCUUGAUAAGACCUUCAAACCGGUUUUUGGCUUUAAGAGCACCUGUGAGGGAACAAAGUUAACAGCGGAUGUGAAGUCAAAGCGAAGUCGCAGCUCCCCUUCACUGUCCCUGUUAUUUAGGGAGCAGUCUUCAAAUACCUCUUUGAGUGAUCUCGCGGCUGCAGGCGGGUCGAACCCUGCGAGGAAACAGCCCUCGGAGUCCGACAUCUCGUUUUCUCCCAAAGCAAUUCAGUUAAAUGUCUGCACUGCUCACACGGCGCAAGAGAAGCCGCAACCAAAACAUGCACCCUCAAACAAAGAAGACACAGCUGACACCAAACAGAGCCAGCCUCCUUUAAAGGAAACCUGUUUGGAAACGUUUCUAAGUCCUUUGACGAUAGAGGAAACGUCAACGGUCGAAGGCUCCUCAGCAGCAGAUAAAACUGACAAACAUGAAACUUCUAAAGAGAAAAUCUUUUCCUGUCAUGGAGCGAAGAAGAGUGGGAUUCCAGAGCUGGAAGUCAUUCAGAGGCUCUCAGUGUGUUUGGAAGAGAGACGUAAGACCCUGGAGCUGCCGAUCUUCGACAAGGACGAUGGAAGCGGAGGACACUCAGAGGAGCUGGACUUAGAGGAGCCCUGGGAUGAGCUUAGUUCCACCAAGCAGUGGGUCACAAGUCCGCUCCAUUCACCAGACAUAGAGAAGCUGUUUAACCAGCUCUCACCCUUCAGUUCUCACCUGGAAACUCUGAGCUCAGAGGAAGGGGAGAUUUCCUCUCCUCCAGCUGAUGGGAACAAACAAUCUGUCAUUAGGAGCAGUGAAAACGUCUCAGGAAACCCUCCUCAGACCGCCGGCAGCAAACCAGAGACUCACUGGAUGUAUUUUCCGUCGGUGCCGACACGGGUUCGUGCGAACAGCAACAAUGAAAGUCAACUGCACGCAGGGAAAUGUAGCUCGACAAAACAGAAGAACACAGCAUCAUCUCAGAGGUUUUACAGACAGAUGUCGCACGAGGCAGCCGCUUCAGAGAGAAGGGAGGACAACUGCUUCUCUAAACACCGGCCAUACUCGCUCAACUUAGAUCUUGGGCAGCGGUGCAUCAGGGACAUUUCUAAUCAGCAGAACCGAAACUCAUCGGAGUUUUCCUACAGCAAGAAGGGGCUGCAGACUUCUUCUGGGACGGUCAACAACGGGCUGCCCUCGGAGCUGGAGUUGUUCCUGAGCGACCGCCAGGCACCUCUGCGCCGGAACUCAGCCCCCGUCAGCGUGUCGUCAGUGAGGACAGCCUUCAUGAUAAAAACAUGCCAGGCCAAAGCUGUGCCCGUCGUCCCUCCCAAGGUGCAGUACAGUCAGAUACCUCACUCCAGACAUGAGAGUGACUUUCAUGCAGUGAAGGAGCAAGAAAAGGAGCGUCCCAAAAUGAACGCAGAGAAGAGCGUCAGCCUGCCUGCUGCCGGGAUGUCCGACCUGAGGGAGGAGCUGGAGAAUAAAAAGCCUCUCCUCAAACAUCAAAAACACGCGAAUUUGGGGAGUAGCACCGACUCUGUGAAGACCCCGUCCGCUACAGAUCAGCCGGUCAUAAGGAGGAGACACGCGCCCAGUCUGGAGGUGUUUGUAGAUUGUCCCAGACCUACCAGAGGGAACGUUUUACAAAGACCGUCCUUCAGGAACCGACAGAGACCUCAGAGUCUAAUCCUGUUCAGCCCUCCUUUCCCCAUCAUGGACUACCCGCCGUCAGGGGACGACAGCAGGCUCCUCUCGUCCAUCAAGAGUCUGAAUGACGCGUCAGCGGAGAAUGUGUUCACCAAAGAGAUGCCGGAGGGGAUCCCGCUUCAAAGUAAAAUGACUAUUCCAAAAAGUGGGCAGAGACUAGAAACAUCGACCAGCUGCUUCUACCAGCCACAGAGGAGGUCCAUGAUAUUUGACAGCAGGAGCCACCGACAGAACGAGUGACUGGAAGUCACAAACUCUGAGAAUGUGUGUAUGUAAAUAGACGAGUAUUAAAAAACGUAUUUUAGAAACUGAAGGAUAUGAAAACCCUAAUGUGGAUCAAAGAAUUUAUUUUGCUAUGAUUCCAGAAUUUUCUGACAUAUUCAGGAUUAUUUCAACCAGUGAAGUAUCAGAUAAAGAGUGAAGUAAAUAUUCAUGUGCCAUUAAAGCUUGAUGUAGGGGCUACACUUUGUGGUGUUUCUCUUUUUGCAUAUUUUCCUGAGCAGUUUCAAAAUCAUCGUCUAUAAAAUAUAAGAUGAUGAAAAUGUCUCAUCAGUUUCCCAUUGCAAACGGGCCAAACCAACAAUUUUGAGCUUAAUGCUACAUUUACUUCCUGGAUGAGUUGCUGUCAGAAUGAGGGACGUUUAGUUUAACACUCAAGACCGUUGAGUCAUGCAGUCUGAAUUUUUUCCAACUUCCCCUUGACGGGAAAAACCAGCUGCUGGUCGUGAAAAGACGGCUUUUUAAUUUACCUGCUCUUUUGUUAAGUGUCUUGAGAUAACAUUUGUUAUGAAUUGGUGCUGUACAAAUAAAGAUUGAUCGAUUGAUUGUUACACAUUUCGAUCAAAAACAAGAAAACCAAAAUCUCAGGCUUUUGUGUUGAAUUCAAAUUCUUAUUUGGGCUCACAUGUUUGAAUAGUUCCCCUUUGGAUCAUCCCUUUCUUAAACAACUUUUCACUGAAGCAAAAAGGAAAAAAAGUUUCCAGCGAGUCACCAGAAGUAUGGACAAAAUACUGUUUUUUAUCCAGUCAGGCGCUUCAUUUUGUUAAUGGUUUUAUGAAAAGUGAAAUGUACAUGAUGAGUCUGCAGGGGCAAACAAAACCCUGGAGAACAAAUGAAAUCACAUUGAAGUCUGAACUGAUCCAAAGAAGUCUGCACAAACAGAAAGCACACAGGGAAGGUGAACAGAAGAUGAACUUGAUAACGGACAAACUGUGCAACAGUGGAACAGAAGACGUGUUUUUUUAUUUAUUCCUUUAGUAACACGUGUUAUGAAGUAAGCUUGAUACCAAAAAAUAUUCUAUAUGUUGGCUCUGUGACAGACUUAAGUCAAUGUGAUUUUUAAAACUAAUAUUUAAAAAGGAAAUUCCUUUUUCUGAUUUAAAUAUAUCUCAAACAUUAGACAUAGUAUUUACCCACAGAAGGACUUUAUUUCAUGUGUAUCUUGUUUUCUGUCAUUAUUGUGUCGUUUGUCAUCUUUUUUUAUUCGUCUGGAUUUGGAAACAAAGUAAAGUAAAGUGGAGUCUGAGUGUGUGCGCGCUGACUGUAUUCAAUGUGGUUGAGGUCAAGUCAGAUGGUGGUUUCUCCAGGUCUUUGUCCCUUUUCUUGACAUUUUAAAAACACGGGAUAUGAUGAUGUAAAGUUGUGCUAUUUGUGGGCGAGCUCCCGGGAACAUAACACAGUUGGGAUGUCAAAGAAGUUACAGUGUAUUUCCUCACAGUGUUUUUUUUUAUACUGUAGUCUGGAUGGGCUGGGUGAAUGAUGAGUGAGUCAAUGAGAAACAGGAUGAGAAGUGUGUUUUUUUUUAUUUGCUUUUAUUACUGUUGUAAACUUGUAAAGUGUAUUAAUAUGAAGGAUAAAUGAAAUGAGAAAUUUGAGUCUUCUCUUCUGGAGUUAUGUACAUAAGACACUUGAUGACUUUUGCUACAACAUAAAGUUAUGAUAAUAAAACGUUUUGAAAAUCCCA